ACAAAAUUUGAACAACAUGCAGUUUUGUCCAAGUACAAUGACAAUGUUUCAAUAUAUUACAUUAUUUAUAGCCAUUAUUUUCUUCAUAAUCUACAAUAUAUGGAGACGCAACAAAAAUGUACUUACACCAAAUUGGCCAAUAGUUGGCAUGCUACCAUCACUUUUGCGUAAUCUAUCCAAUAUUCAUGAUUAUGCAGCCUUAGUUUUAAAAAAUAAUGGCGGUACCUUUUAUUUUAAAGGACCUUGGUUCACAAACAUUGCCAACUUUGUCCUUACUAGUGACCCCAUGAAUGUGCACCACAUCACUAGCAAGAAUUUCAGCAAUUAUGGGAAGGGACCUGAUUUCCCUGAAAUUUUUGAAGUUCUUGGUGCUAGUAUUAUAACUUUGGAUUCAAAUGAAUGGAAACAAGAGAGAACACUACUUCAUUCAUUGCUCAAAAAGAAAAGUUUUGAGACAACCCUUCAAAAGAAUGUUCAAAGGAAGCUACAAAAUUGCCUAUUACCAUUUCUUGAUCACCAUGCAUCAAAAGGUGUACAAGUAAUUGAUUUACAAGAUAUUUUUGAGAGGUUUACUUUUGAUAUUACUUGUACUUUUUUAUUUGGAUUUGAUCCAAAUAGCUUUCCAUAUAAUUUCAAUGAGUUCGCAGAGAUUGCUUAUGUAAAUGCUAUUUCUGUGCUAGAGGAUACAAUAUUGUUUAGGCAAUGUAUACCAAAAUGUAUGUGGAAGCUACAAAAAUGGCUACAAAUUGGUCAAGAGAAGAAAAACAAGGUAGCUUUGGAAAAUCUUCACCAAUUCUUGUUGAAGUGUAUAAUUUCCUCCAAAGGCAAUGAAGAGGAAAGAAGAUUGCGAAGUAGUGAAGAUGUCGAAGAAAGUGACUCUCUCGGCUUGCUACAAGGAGUAAUGAACAAAGCCGAAUUAGGAAAGGAGCAAAUGGAUCAAUAUGAGAAGUAUAUUAGAGACACCGCAAUCACUCUCUUAGCCGCAGGAAAUGGAACAAUUAGUUCUGGUCUCAGUUGGUUCUUUUGGCUUGUUUCAACUCAUCCUAUUGUAGAAGCUAAAAUCAUUCAAGAGAUUAAAGAUAAUUUGCUAAAACUAAACGAGAAUUUGAUCGAUAAUUUAACAAUGGAAAAGAUUGAUAAGCUAGUUUACCUACAUGGAGUUAUAUGUGAAGCCUUGAGGCUUUACCCUCCUAUACCAUUUGAGUACAAGUGUGCAGUGAAAUCAGAUAUACUACCUAGUGGAGACUAUGUUAGUCCAAAUUUAAAGCUAGUAUACUCGUUGUACGCAAUGGGAAGGAUGAAACAAAUAUGGGGUGAGGAUUGUUUGGAAUUUAAGCCGGAGAGAUGGAUAUCAGAUAAAGGACAAAUUAUACAUGUACCUUCUUACAAGUUCAUAACAUUCAAUGCAGGUCCAAGAAGUUGUUUGGGAAAAGAAAUUAGCUUUAUACAAAUGAAAAUGGUUGCUGUUGCUGUCUUAUGGAAGUUUCAUGUUCAGGUGAUAGAAGGUCACUCCAUUGCUCCAAGAGUUUCUAUGAUUCUUCGUAUGGAGCAUGGAUUUAAGGUCAAUGUUAGUAAAAGAUGCAUUUGAGCUAAGCAUUAUAAUUAAAUUUUGUGUAGUUCUAAUAAGUGUGUUGCAUUUGUUUGAUUUCCUUUAAACCUUUUUGUUUGAUUUCCUUUAUAACCGUAUAAUCAAAAUUGA